CAGUAUGACAUGCAGAUGACUGCCGUCGAUCUUAGAAUCACCGCACACUUCACUCAUUUGGGCAGUCACGGGGCCAAAACCAGAGUGUGGAGCCACAGUGUUGGGCGGUGGAGGCAGCAGCAAUGGGAGGCCAUACAGCACCCUAUGACAAAAUGGAACCCACCAGCAGUGUGAGGAGACCUGAAAGUGGCACAUGGCAGAGUGUGGCGAUGGAGACAGCAGCAAUGGGAGGCCGUACAGGGACCCAUGACACACUCUGGACCUGGCAGCAGCAUGAGGAGGCGGUACAGGGGCCCAUGACAGAUUACGGGCCUGGCAGCAGCAUGAGGAGUCGCAGUAUUCGGAAGCCAUACACAGGCCUAGGUUUAAAACUGGAACCCAGCAGCGUGAGCAGACGACAAAGACGCACA